GCGUUCUUUUCAAGUUUAUGGUUGGAAGCUUGUGUGUGUUGUGUCACGUGUUGUGACUAUUUCUCAGUUUUUACCGUCGUAACUCGUUUAGUUUUGUAACAAAAUGCCACAAAACGAACAUAUAGAGUUACAUCGAAAGAGACAUGGGUAUCGUCUUGACUACCAUGAGAGAAAGAGGAAGAAAGAAAGUCGAGAACCUCACAAGAGGGCAAGAAAAGCCAAAUUAUUGACUGGACUGAAGGCUAAACUCUACAAUAAGAAACGACAUGCUGAGAAAAUACAAAUGAAGAAAACAAUUAAAAUGCAUGAAGAGAAGAAAACAAAGAAAAAGAAUAAUGAGAAAGUACCUGAUGGUGCUGUACCAGCCUAUCUACUAGACAGAGAGGGACAAUCCAGGGCUAAAGUAUUGUCUAAUAUGAUCAAGCAAAAACGGAAAGAAAAAGCUGGUAAAUGGGAAGUACCAUUACCCAAGGUAAAAGCACAAGCUGAUAGUGAAGUCUUUAAAGUUGUCAGGACCGGAAAAACAAGAAGGAAAGCAUGGAAGAGAAUGGUAACAAAAGUAUGCUAUGUAGGCGAAGGUUUCACAAGAAAACCACCAAAAUAUGAAAGAUUUAUUCGACCAAUGGGAUUACGUUUCAAGAAAGCACAUGUCACACAUCCAGAAUUAAAAGCCACGUUUUAUUUACCCAUAAUUGGCGUCAAAAAGAAUCCCAGCUCACCACUGUAUACGUCACUUGGUGUUAUAACAAAGGGUACAGUUAUUGAGGUGAAUGUAAGUGAAUUUGGUCUUUCACAUUUACCUAUGGUAUGGUUACAGAACUAA